UUUAGUCAUUCUCUCCUGUGGAAACCCUGUGCGGUUUCCACAACAAAAAGUCCAAUGGGCUGAAGGCCGAAUGGGUUUGAAAUUCGUUGUGCUUCAAGAGUCAGACUGAAGGUCUGCCCUUUGAUCAGGUUCUUCUGAAACAUGGACGGUGAACCUAAUGAUGUUCAGGCAGAGCUGGACUCGGUGGAGGCUGAACUGGACUUGUUGGAGCUGCAGAUCGCAGAGCUCCUGGAGAAGCAGGCUCAGUUGACAUCUCGGAAGAAUGCUCUUCUGCAGCAGCUGGAGGAGGCCUGUGACUCUGCUCGACCGUCGUCUUCUUCAUCCUCGUCUUCCUCAAAGCCUUCACGGGCUGAGCCAGCGAUGAGCAAGCAGGAGCUGCAGCGCUAUGAUGGCUCAGAUUUCCCCUGGUCCAAAGAGGUGGCCCAACACCUGAUGGACUCCUUUCAUUUGGUCGAGUUCAGACCACUGCAGCUUCGAGCGAUCAACCUGACCCUGGCAGGUCGAGAUCUCUUCCUGGUGAUGCCCACAGGAAGAGGAAAAAGUCUUUGCUACCAGCUGCCUGCAGUCUGCUCCAAAGGUUUCACACUGGUCGUCACCCCCCUGGUGUCUCUGAUGGAAGACCAGACCAUGUAUCUGAAGUCUGUUGAUGUUCCUGCAGUCAUGCUGAAUGCAUCCAGUAACAAGGAGCACGCUAAAGCCGUCAUGGCUGGCAUGACAGACCCAACGUCCCCCUUCAAGCUGCUGUAUGUAACUCCAGAGAAGAUCGCUAAGAGCAAGCUUCUGAUGUCUCGACUAGAGAAAGCCUACAAUGCUAACCUGCUGAGUCGGAUUGCAGUGGAUGAGGUGCACUGUUGCAGCCAGUGGGGUCAUGACUUCAGACCAGAUUAUAAACUCCUGGGAAUCCUGAAAAGGCAGUUCCCCAAGGUGCCACUGCUGGGCCUCACAGCCACGGCAACCAGUAGCGUCCUGAAGGACUGUGAGAAGAUCCUGUGUCUCCCCCAGCCAAUCACGCUUACCGCCUCCUUCAAUCGCACCAAUCUCUACUAUGAGGUUCGUGUCAAAGAUUCUGACAGUGAGGCAUCAAUAAGUGACAUUACCACUCUGAUCAAGAGUAGAUACCAGAACCAGUCAGGUAUCGUCUACGUCUUCUCUCAGAAGGAUGCUGAGCUGUUGGCCUCUGAGCUCCAGAAGAGAGAAAUCUUGGCGUAUUCCUACCACGCUAAUAUGGACCCUGAUGAUAAGACCCAAGUCCACCGCUGGUGGACGUCCAACAAAAUACAGGUGGUUGUUGCCACGGUAGCGUUUGGUAUGGGCAUCGACAAACCAGAUGUCAGGUUUGUUAUCCACCACACCAUAAGCAAGUCCAUUGAAAACUACUACCAAGAGAGUGGGCGUGCAGGCCGAGACGACCUUCCAGCAGAUUGCAUUGUGUAUUUUGGCUUUGCAGACAUCUUUAGGAUCAGCACCAUGGUCGUCAUGGAGAAUGUUGGUCAGCAGAAGCUGCUGCAGAUGGUUGACUACUGCCAAAAGGCCGACAGGUGUCGGCGCUCUCUCAUGGCGGUUCACUUUGACGAGGUUUGGGACGACGAAGGUUGUAAACAGAUGUGUGAUACAUGUCGGCACGUCAAAGACUACGCUAGUGUGGACAUAACUCAGCAUGCAAGGCAGGUGGUGCACAUCUUGGAGCUAGCAGGCUCCAUGGAGGAGAAACUGACCCCCCUGAAGCUGGUGGAGGCGUGGAUGGGGAAAGGUCCUGCUAAGAGAAGGAAAAUGAUCCAGACCACGACGCUGUCUCGACUGCAGGCUGAAGCUGUGAUCAUUCACCUGCUGCUCCAGGGAUACCUCAGAGAGGACUUCAGCUUCACUCCAUACACCACCUACUUCUACAUGAAACUGGGCCGCAAAGCUCCUCUGCUGAAGAACCAGGCUCACACAAUCAGCAUGACGAUGACCGGCUGUAGAGAUGGACCUUCUGGGGUAAGUGAGACUUUGUGACGGAUGUAGUGUUUGUGAUUUUAAGUCCUUAUUGUGAUCAUUUCUGUCAUCCUGUUUAACAUCCUGUAGAAUAAAACUCACCAGCAUGUCACCAACACUGUUGGUUCUUCUGUCUCUAACCUGAGUGCCAGCAGAGCCUCUCUUAGGCAUCAGCAGAAUGUGUUUAGAGGAUCCUGAGCAGCGUUUACUCCCACUUAUAAAUAUGACCAUGCCUUAGAUGGAAGGGAACUCUCUAGAGGCUUUUGGUUGGGAGGGAGAGUGAGCUGUGGUGCAUUUAGAAGCUCCUGGGAGAAACAAAACCUCCGACGGCAGAAAAUUAGCCAUUGAAAUUUAUAUUUGAAAAAAAGUCUGAUUAGAAAUCACACUAUCCACAGCUAGCUGGAGUGGCUCUGAAUCAGUUUGUAGUGAGAAAUGUGACAUCGGGUCAGUCAGUGGGGCAGCUUACAGGAUUGUGAGAAUUUUCUUGUUUCAGUUUACUGUAGUUACAAAGUUUCUUAAUUGUGUUUAAAUUUAGUCUCCAGCUCCUCAAAGUCUCAUAUUUCUUGAUUUUAUUGACUCUGAGAAACCAAACCAAGAAAGGAUCCUGAAGGGAUCUAGAAGGGUUCUAGACCGGUUCCAUUGACUCCUGUUCCAAAAUUAUUUGGUGAGAAAUUUUGAGGCAGUUUGUUUUGAACAGCUUCCAAAUCCCAGUGUCUCAAGACCUUGGCCUGAAAACUCAUACGUGUUCAUUUCCUCGUUUGAUUGUUGUGAGACCGUUCCCAGUUUGUUCCCACCAGUCUCCACCACUGAGAUCCUGGUUCUGACGUUCCUGCCGUGGCGGGUUGGAAGCAGGUGGGGGGAAGAAGGGCUGGCUUCAUUCUGUACCUACAGAAGUCCAGGUCUGAGGCCACCAGCUGUUGAACUAUGAACAUAAGAUUUGACCCAAAUCUGUUUGGGUUCAAUUAGCACCGUCUGACCCAGUCAGCAGAACCUUUGACUCAUUAAAGCUUAUUAAUAAAAGUGUGGCUUUCAGAUCAGUCCUGUCGUCUCUGAUGCUGGUCAGUAGGGCCAGGUUUUUGUUCUCUCAUUUUAGAACCCAGACACUCAUGGUCACCCGUGCUUGUUUCUGUCCUGAGAUCAGGUGGGUGGUGUUGGUGAUGUUGCCUCCAUCUUGGCCACUGGGUGUCAGUAAUGGUUCCACCUGGUCCUUCAUCAGGUUGAAUCAUAGACUUUACAUGUAGGAACCAUGAGCUGAUGAAGUCCUUUCCUAUGGAGCCUAAAGCCACACCCAUCUAUGUCCGGACCAUCUGUCUCCUACUGCCAAUAAACCAGAAGUGAAUGAGAGUCUGUGGAGCGAUAAAUUAUUUGCUGAUCCCAUUUUAUACGUGCCAUGGAUUUCACAUAUGAUGUAUGUGAAUUUUAAAAACAUGUUUUGAUGCCAAGAAAGCACUUAUAAAGUUAAAGUCCCACAGUCAUCUUCACACACUGGUGAAAUUCAUCUCCACAUGCGACCCAUCCCUGUGGGGAGCGGUGAGCUGCAGCUGUGGCUGUGCUCGGGAACUAUUUGGUGGUUUAACCCCCCCAAUCCAACCCCUUUAAAGCUGAGUGUGGCUCCCAUUUUUUAAAGUGGUAUGACCCAACCGGGAUUUAAACCCUGAUCUCCCAGUCCCAGGGCGGGCGCUCUACCACUAGGCCUGUCGUUAUUUUAGACAGGCGGCAAAAGUUAUUUUAUUGAUGCCAUUGAACCAGAUAUGAAGAAGACGUGAAAAAUGGUUUAGCGAGCUUCACAUCCUGCUUUCAGGAUGACAGAAGGAGCAUUAAACAUGGAGAAAACCACUACAAAUCUGGCCAUGUGGUAAGUAGCAGCUACGCUGGGGAGAAGAGAUUCUGCGAUGGUGUCAUAUAUGCGACGUCUGAUUUGUAGUCACGUUAAUUACGAAUUUUUACAAGUUAAUAAAUCUCAAAUUAUGUGACAAACAGUCAAAACUAUAAUUAAUUUUCUUUUAAAUUGAAGUACAACACACAUGUGAUUCAAGGCAAAGUGGAUUAGAAAAUAGCCCCGUUCACUUACGCUCAUCUUCCGUUUUUCCGGGGACCCGCGAGCCGACCAGAAGGGGUGGAGACUUGGGCUCCCUGUUGAGGCUUAGUUUGAUUUUUAAUUGAUUUUUGAAGAUGAGUUGGUAACAUUUUGCUGCUUCUAAACCUAAACAGACUUUUUAAAACCAUCAUCAAAUUUUUUAAUAAUAUAAACUUUUGCUUUUACUUCUCAACAUUAUUGGAUUGUGAGAUUUGUUUACGCGAUGAGAUUCAUAUAGUUAUGCCCUAAACAGAGCUGCUGCUUCAGCUGUCUUUCGUUGUGUGCUAGUUUAAUUCCCUGCCCUGAGAGCAGCUGGGUUAGCUUUCUGGGAUCUGUGACUGGCUGUUGCUGUGAAAAAGGAACUGGAGGGGUGUCUUCAGUCCAGACCUGUCCAGUCUGGGUCCUACUUGUCCCCUUUGUUCACUCCCCAGGUAAAGACUGUUGUUAAUGACCAACAGGUAAAAGCUGCAAGUGGCCAGGGCAAAGCCAAAGAGGGAAAGAGGUCAGGUCAAAGCUCUGGAGACCCCCCCGUGUCCAAGAAAGUCAAGACACAGCUUUCAUAGACUUCCAUCCACCAGAGGACCAGUCUCCAAA